AUGAUUAGUACAAGACGAUCUAUAAUAAAUGUACUAAGAAGGACACCUAGUAUACGAAAUAGAGCAGCUCUUGGGUUUAUACCCAGAAGAACUCUUUAUGCAUCACCAAUUCAUUUUCAAUCAAGACAUCCAGAUGAACGGGAAUGGGAAAAACUUAGAAAAGAAUAUCUUAAACGUGAAACUGGAUUUAAAAUAAAACCUAUGCCGAAAGAAAUAGUAAUGCCAGUUCCAAAAGAUGCGUUUAAUGUACAUUCACUAGAACGUUUAGAAAUUAUUGCAAAUUUUAUGUUGAAAGAAUUUAUUGAUAGAUCUGAUACUUUUGAAAAAGUACCUUCUUUUGCUAAAAUGUUGAGUACACAAAAUCCAGAUGAUAUAAUGAAGGGCAUUCAAGCUAAAUUUUCAAAACAAGAAAAGAAUAUGUCAAUUACAAAAGAAGAAAUCGAGUCAUUUAUCGAUCUUUAUUAUGCAUUAUCAAAUCAUAAAGUAUAUCAUGAUCAAAUAGUGAUCAAAGAUCCACAAGUUUCAAAAUUAUGGAAUACAUAUCUUAGCCAUGAGAAUGGUGAACAAAUAAAUGUUACUGAAUUAUCUGAAGAAUUGGAAAUAUCAACAGAUUCAAUAAACGAAUGGUUUAAGAUUUUUGAAAUUUUAUACAAUGUACCAUUUGCCGGUGAAAAUGAGGUAAAGACUUUUCCAUUAUGCCCAGAAUUAAAAGAAUGGUACAUAAAUGAUAAAUCUGGUUGGUAUAGAUCUUCUAAUCAAGAUCAAACUAGGAAAUCAAAAUCCUCAAACAAGAAAAAGGAUGAUGGAAGAUCUAAUACUUGGGAAUUUAAUUUUGAAUUUAAUCCUAUAUUUCAAAUGGGUUUAGUUGUUGGUGUAAUAUUAGUUUUAACAACUUAUGCUUCAUUAGAUCAUAGUCGUGAAAUAACUUUUCAAGAAUUUGUUAGUAAUUAUUUAAAUAAAAAUAUUGUUUCCAAAAUUGAAGUUGUAAAUAAUAGUGUUGCAUAUGUUGUUUUAAAUGAUAAUGGAAUUCAACAAUUGGGCAAAGGUCCUAGGGUUUAUUUUAAUAUUGGUUCGGUAGAAACAUUUGAAAGAAAUUUACGUGAAGCUCAAGAUAAAUAUAGUAUAGCUCCACAAUUACGUGUACCAGUUACUUAUGUAAAUAGAACAAGUUGGGGUAAAGUAAUAAUGAGUUUCUUACCAACGAUUUUCAUUUUGGGUGGUAUUUAUUGGAUGACUAAAAAAGCAGCAUCAUCAAUGGGUGGAAUGGGACCUAUGGGUUUUGGUAAAUCAACUGCUAAAAAAUUUAAUCAAGAAACUGAUGUUAAAAUUAAAUUUAAAGAUGUUGCAGGUAUGUCAGAAGCAAAAGAAGAAGUUAUGGAAUUUGUUAAAUUUUUACAGAAUCCAGAAAAAUAUGAAAAAUUGGGUGCAAAGAUUCCGAGAGGUGCUAUAUUAUCUGGUCCACCCGGUACAGGUAAAACUUUAAUUGCAAAAGCAACAGCUGGUGAAGCUGGAGUUCCAUUUUAUUCAGUUUCAGGUUCCGAAUUUGUUGAAAUGUUUGUUGGUGUUGGUGCUUCAAGAGUACGUGAUUUAUUUAAAACUGCUAGAGAAAAUGCUCCAAGUAUUGUUUUUGUUGAUGAAAUUGAUGCAAUUGGUAAACAAAGAUCUAAAGGUAAUGCAACUGGUGCUAAUGAUGAACGUGAAACUACAUUAAAUCAAUUAUUAGUUGAAAUGGAUGGAUUUGACAGCACUGAUCAUGUUGUUGUAUUAGCAGGUACUAAUAGAUCCGAUAUUUUAGAUAAAGCUUUAAUGAGACCAGGUAGAUUUGAUAGACAUAUUCAUAUUGACAACCCUGAAUUACAAGGUAGAAAGGAAAUUUUUGAUGUUCAUUUAAGAAAAAUAACUUUGGAAAAAGAUGUUGAUCGUGAUUUAAGUGGUAGGUUAGCUGCAUUAACACCGGGAUUUUCAGGCGCUGAUAUUGCAAAUGUAUGUAAUGAAGCUGCGUUAAUAGCUGCUAGAUUUAAUGCUGAUGCUGUUGAAUUGAAACAUUUCGAAUUAGCUAUUGAAAGAGUUAUCGGUGGUAUUGAAAAGAAAUCAAAAAUAUUAAAUCCAGAAGAACAAAAAAUUGUUGCUUAUCAUGAAGCUGGUCAUGCAGUUUGUGGUUGGUUUUUAAGACAUGCUCAUCCUUUAUUAAAAGUUUCAAUUAUUCCAAGAGGUCAAGGUGCUUUAGGUUAUGCACAAUAUUUACCACCAGAUGUUUAUUUAAUGAGUACUUUACAAUUAUAUGAUAGAAUGGUUAUGAUUUUAGGUGGUAGAGUUUCUGAAGAAUUACAUUUUGCUUCAGUUACAGGUGGUGCUCAUGAUGAUUUUAAAAAAGUUACAAAUAUUGCACAAUCUAUGGUUUUAAGAUUUGGUAUGAGUGAAAAAGUUGGUUUAGUUAAUUACGCAGAUACAAGAUCACAAGAUGAUUUAACAAAACCAUUUAGUGAUGCAACUAGUAGAAAAAUUGAUCAAGAAAUUCAAAGAAUAGUGAGCGAAUGUUAUAAAACAUGUAAAGAGUUAUUAAUUGAAAAAUCAAAAGAAGUUGAAUUAGUUGCUCAAGAAUUAUUAAAAAAGGAAUUUAUAACAAGAGAAGAUAUGAUUAGAUUAUUAGGAAAAAGACCAUUUCCAGAAACUAAUGAUGCAUUUGAUAAAUAUUUAGAUGGCAAAGAUGCACCUUUUAAAGAUGAUUUACCAAGAAUAAAAGAAAAAGAUGAACAAGAAAAGGAAAGUAAAGACAUAUAG